AUGUUGGUGACUCUAAAAACAUUACAACAGCAAACAUUUCAAAUCGAAAUAGAUCCCGAUGAAUCGGUAAAAGCAUUGAAACUUAAAAUUGAAGUUGAGAAAGGUAAAGAUUAUGCGGUGGAUUCCCAAAGGCUUAUUUAUGCGGGAAAAAUUCUUCUCGACGAUCAUAAGCUUAGUACAUAUAAUAUAGAUGAAAAGAAAUUCAUUGUUAUUAUGGUUACUAAAGUUAAGACAGGUGAUACACCACAAACAUCUACGUCUACCCCUGAGGCAGGUGAAAGUAAGUCUACUGACAGCGGGGAUGCUACAAACAAAAGUUUGGAGUCUCCCAACCCACCUCCAGCAGCAGAGCCAGAACGAGCCGUUGAGCCCCCAACAAUAUCUACUGAUCCGGAUUUUGAAUCUACUGUUAUAAGUAUUAUGGAUAUGGGUUAUAAUCGUCAACAAGUUGAACAAGCUCUGCGUGCAUCUUUUAAUAAUCGGGAACGAGCUGUAGAAUAUUUAAUAACUGGUAUACCUGAAAAUAUAUUAGAAGAACAAGAGGCAGAAGCAAGUUCAAAUGAUGACCCAUUAGGAUUCCUGCGUGAUCAAUCCCAAUUUCAACAAAUGCGGGCCAUGAUCCAGCAAGAUCCUAGUUUGUUAAAUACUAUUUUGCAGCAAAUUGGUCAAUCUAACCCUCGACUCCUUCAGUUAAUUAGUCAAAAUCAACAGGCUUUUGUAAGAAUGCUCAAUGAACCAAUGAGCACUCCAGCUAGUGGUGGUGCUUCUGCUGUAUCUGAAGAUGUAUUGCCCCCAGAGCAUCAGUUACCUCAGCCACCACAAAAUGUUAUUCAUGUUUCACCUCAAGAUAAAGAAGCUAUAGAACGAUUAAAAGCUCUUGGUUUUCCAGAAGACAUGGUUAUUCAAGCAUACUUUGCAUGUGAGAAAAAUGAAAAUCUAGCAGCAAACUUCCUUUUAUCUCAAACCUUUGAUGAUUAA